CUCCGUGGUGGCAUAACAGGCUCUCGAUGAAAUAGAACUAGUAGUGUACCGCCUCCCGGAAGACAAUUGAUCUAGACACGGUGCUGAAGCUGGAUACGAUGUCUACGAAGCAAGCUGUCUCAUCCCUCUAUCGACGCUCUCUGAAGCUUGCCCUCGACUGGUCUGUACACCGUCAUCUAUGGAGGGGUCAGGCUAUGUACAUUCGGUCGUUGUUCGAAGCGAAUAAGCACAUUCGAGAUCCACGACAACAAAGGGCAUUAUUUCAAGAAGCUGAAGAUUUACUCGAGAAGUGGAAGCACCCUGAUCCAUACCACGCGCCCACUGCUCCCGGAGGAUCCAAGUUCGAACGAAAUCUUCCAGCACCAAUUCUUGACCCACCGCCUCAUAUUCAGAUGUGAUGGAAGCACCGAGAGGAAGGAUGACUGAAUGGUAGAUGUCUGUACAUAGCAAAGGAAUGCAAAUAUCCUGG